AACAAAGAUGUAUAGAUUCUCCUUAUUGUUCUAAAUCAUUUCGGAUUACGAACCAAAACGCAAAUGACGUAUUUCCGCCGGAUAUUUAAACACCACCAUUUCUCUAUUCUUUUUUAUUUUUAUUAGAGAAGAAAGUGAACAAUGGCGGACGCAGCUCCAGCCGGUGGACGUGGUGGAUUCCGAGGAGGUUUUGGCGGCGGUGGUCGUGGUGGCGGCAGAGGAGGCCCCAGGGGUCGUGGUAGAGGUCGCGGAAGAGGCCGUGGUCGUGGUAAGGAAGACCAAAAGGAAUGGGUGCCAGUAACCAAACUAGGACGUUUAGUGAAAGACGGCAAGAUCCGCUCCCUCGAGGAAAUCUACCUCUUCUCUCUUCCCAUCAAAGAGUUCGAGAUCAUCGAUCAUUUCAUCGGAUCCGAUCUCAAUGAUGAAGUAUUGAAGAUUAUGCCCGUUCAAAAGCAGACCAGGGCUGGGCAAAGGACGCGUUUCAAGGCAUUUGUGGCUAUUGGAGACGCCAAGGGACACAUUGGUUUGGGUGUGAAAUGCAGCAAGGAAGUUGCUACUGCCAUCAGAGGUGCUAUCAUCUUGGCUAAGUUGUCUGUUGUGCCAGUCCGUAGAGGAUACUGGGGUAACAAAAUUGGUCAACCUCACACUGUGCCAUGCAAGGUAACCGGCAAAUGUGGUUCAGUCACCGUAAGGCUCAUUCCAGCACCACGUGGUACCGGUAUUGUAUCAGCACCAGUACCCAAGAAGCUGCUUCAGAUGGCUGGUAUCGAAGAUUGUUACACAUCAGCUAGAGGUUCCACUGGAACUUUGGGUAAUUUUGCUAAAGCCACUUAUGCUGCCAUUGCUAAGACUUAUGCUUACUUGACGCCCGAUUUGUGGAAGGAAAUGCCUUUGGCCAAGACUCCUUACCAAGAGUUUGCUGAUUAUUUGGCCAAAAACCAUCGCCCUGUCACUGGGCCUGCUCGUGCAGAAACUGCUUAAUAUCUUUUGUAAGUUUUUUACACUGGUAUUAAGGAUGAUGAUGAAUAAAUGAUGAUGAUGAUAUUUUACUCGUUUUAUUUAGGUAUUUAGUAUACCAUUUAUUUAAAAACUAAUUACAGAGGGAGAUAAACAUAAAUUAGAAAAAAAUACAUUAAAGGAUACCUCCUCAUACAAAUCAGAACAUAACUCUGCUCUCUAG